AUGGAUGACAUGUUUCAAUUUGGAAAUAUCGACGUCUCAACAUUCAAUAAUUCUUGGGAGCCCGCCGACUUUGAGCUCCUUAACGUCAACAUGCCCGAAGACUACUGUCCUUCGGCCAACUCAGCUAACGUGGCUGGAUCAACAGAAUCAGAAAAGGAAACAGUCGACAACGCCAAAAAACGGCGGAGGGCCCAAAACCGUGCUUCGCAGCGGGCAUUCCGAGAACGAAAAGAAAAACACAUCAAAGGCCUCGAAUAUCAGCUGGAGAACCUCAACGAGAUGCAUCAAGAUUUGCUGCAAUCGUACCACAAACAGGCCAACCAUAUCGAAAAGCUGAACCGACGCAUCUCCCAACUUCAGGCCGAGAUCAAAACCGUCAAGCCCUGCAACGGUCAAAAGCCACACUCCCACACAAACAGCCACCCUCCAAUACCCGACAGCUUCGAUGCGUUUUCUUUUACCUCCAAUGCCGGUCUACAGUUAUACAAUAGCACUCAGACGCCGAAAGUUCUUGACUGCAUUAAUUCGACUCUAAGGGCGAAACCCAGUCUUCCCAGUUUUGAAGACUUGUUAUGCCUCCCGUGA